AAGUCAUAGCAUCUUGCGGGAAAAAGUCACAAGAAAACACAAAAGAAUGGUGAAAUUUACUUCAAUAUUUGUUGCUAUUCUCUUAAUUUUAUUUUCUAAAAAUAUUAUAUCGAAGGAAGUAUCAAAUGUGCAAAAUAAGCCUAAUAUUGUGAUAAUAGUUGCUGAUGAUCUUGGAUCUUACGAUCUUAGCCUCAGAGGUAACAACCAAAUAAUGACUCCAAAUCUUGAUGCAUUGGGCUACCAGGGAAUUAUAUUCAAUCGACAUUACACACAAGCAGUUUGUACACCUACAAGAUCUGCCUUGUUAACUGGUAAAUAUCCAAUUCAUACUGAAAUGCAACACAGUGCGCUUUGGGCAGAUGAACCCCGGGGUCUUCCAUUAAACGAAAAGAUUCUCCCACAAUACCUCAAAGAGGCAGGAUAUAGAACUCAUCUCGUAGGAAAGUGGCAUCUGGGAAAUGCAAGAAAAGCACACAUUCCCACCCAAAGAGGAUUUGACUCUUACGUUGGUUUCUUCAACGGAUACCUUGACUAUUUUGAUGGAACUUGCGAAGUCGACUUUGCACCGUACGCUAUCGGUUUUGACUUCUGGCGCAAUGAAACUGUCUACAGAGAUAGAGUUGGAGAAUAUUUACCCGACGUUAUAGCUGAUGAAGCAUCAAAGAUGAUUUUGGGUCAUAAUCCUUCGGAAGGACCAAUGUUUCUUUUCGUUUCUCAAGCUGCUGUUCAUACCGCAGCAAAUCCAUCUGAUCCGCUACAAACAAUCCCAGAAGACCUACAGAAAAUGGAACAUAUUCAAGAUCCAAUAAGAAGGUCAUAUGCCGCAAUGGUUAGGGCUCUAGAUCGAUCGGUUGGAACAGUAAUCAGAGCCUUGGACGAGAAGAAAAUGCUGGAAAAUACGAUAAUCGUGUUCUUCUCAGACAAUGGCGGACCUACCGUUGGGCUAUACAGCACUCAUUCGUCUAAUUAUCCAUUGAGAGGACAAAAAAACAGCCCAUGGGAAGGAGGCCUUCGAGGAACAGCCCUCGUUUGGAGUGCCUUGUUGAAGCAACGACACUAUGUAUCUGACCACUUGAUACACGUUACUGACUGGUUUUCCACAUUUACCGAAUUGGCUGGUGUUCCAAGCCACAAAUGCGAAAAGCGUGAUGGAAACAACAUUUGGUCCACUCUUUCUUUAAACAGAACUCCAAUUCGCAGAGAAAUCUUGCAUAACAUUGAUCCAAUUGAUGGAUAUUCUUCAUACUACCGAGACGGGUGGAAGUACGUCAAUGGGACAAAUUUCAAUGGUACAUAUGACUCUUGGCUGGGAGAUAUGGUUAAAGAAGACAGCCCAGAAAGCUUCUACUACUCACAAUUAGUGAUGAACAGUGAUGUUUGGCAAGCUCUCAAUCCCUAUUCAACAAGAAUUUUGAAGCCAAAUGACCUAGAGUUCUUGAGAGGAAAAACUAAAAUCAAUUGCGGAAGGAGAAACCCGAAAUUGAUACCCUGUGAACCCCUAAAAGCUCCGUGUCUCUUUAACUUGGAAGAAGAUCCUUGUGAAUUGAACAAUUUAGCUAACAUACACCCCCUUAGAAUAAAAUACAUGAAGAAGAGAGUCAAUGACUUCCAAGCAACUGCCUUGCCCCCUGCGAAUCUUCCUGGCGACCCAAAUGCUGAUCCAGCUUUGAAUGACGGCCUAUGGACUUGGUGGCUGGAUAAAUAACCCUAUCAACAUUGAAAGAAUUAUAUAAUGCUUAAGAAAUGUAAUGAGCUUAAUUGAAAGAGAAAUUUUCAAAUUUUGUGAAUAUACCUGCAUAACAUAGUUCUGUUAUUACUAUAAUUCGUAUUUUUAGACUAACAAUCUUUACAAUCCUUAAAAAUCUCAAUUAGUCUGGCCCGAAACAGAAUUUCAGCAACCAUAAACUUAUAUUUCAGUUCAACAAAUAGACUUCAACUUGCCAA